AUGAUUAAGGUGGCGAAGAAGUUUCGUGUGUGCUGUGAUGUUCGUGUGGCGACGCGCGAGCUUAAAGAGGUAAUGCCUGCGUGGUAUCACCUUGGUGCGGAGCCUGGCCGCUCGACGGCGAACUCGGUGGCGGCAAAGUGCCUCCGGAGGGCGCAUGGUGUUCGAACAGUUGGUGAGUGUGAGCGAGUGGCGGCGAGGCUGCGACCUGAAAAUGAGGAGCACGUUCCGAGGAGUGACUGUGAGUGUCGAGAAUGCGUGAUGGACAGAGGAGAGGGAGAAUGCACCAACCCUCAUAGAUGCGCCCUCGCGGCGGAGAGACUCCUGGACAAACUCAAGCCGAAAUGGAGCCUAGCGCGGGGUGAGAAUGUUGAUGGCCUGUCGCUGACAAAGUCGCGCAAAAGGGUAAAUGAGACAGCGCGAGCUGAGAAAGGAAGAGUCGUUUUUGACCCCUCCUUGGCCCAGGGAGCACCUCUCGCUGCGGUCUUCCGGGUAUUCACGGAUGUGAAUAGGGAUGUUGGGGAAAUGGCGACGAGGCCACCUCGUCCGUUCGGGGUGCUGCAGGAGGAAACUGAGGUGUAUACGGAUGGGUCGGCGAUGCAGAAUGGCUCUGCAUCUGCAAGAGCGGGAAGUGGAGCGUGGUUUGGACCUAAUGACGCCCGAAACGAGGGAGCCCGGGUUCCGUAUGAUGAGCAGACGAACCAGGCGGCGGAGAUCUAUGCUGUAGUCCUAGCGGAGAGCAAAGUCCCGCCGUUUGCACCGCUCCACAUCGUGACUGAU